AUGCACGCAUCGUCACCCAUGGUCAAUGCGGCCGACGUCGCGCAGGAUAUACCGGACAGCUCCGCAUCCCUCCACCACCCAUCGAAGUCCAGCAACCUCAGCCAGACCGACCCUCCCGUAGAAAAAACACAACUCGCCAUCGUAACCCCAGAAGUCGGACCAACCCUCAACCUCCAACUCCGCCGCAUCCCCGUACAACCCCCUAAACCCGGCGACGUCGUCGUCCAAAUCGCCUGGACCGGCCUCUGCCGCUCCGACGCCUGCUUCUCCACCGGCCCCGAACCGGGCUUCCCCACCACCAACCACACCGCCGGCCACGAGGGCAUCGGGCACGUCGUCCAGGCCCUCGACCCGGCCCUACUCGGCCGCCCCGUCGCCACGCGCUACCUCGCCUCGACGUGCGGCGCCUGCGCCUACUGCCUCCGCGGUGUCCCUGAAUCUUGCGCCGCACAGACGAAUUUCCCGAAGCACCACAGCGGCGCGUUUAAGCAGUUCGUCAUCGCGCCGUGGGACGCGCUGCUGCCGCUCCCGCAUCACCUUGUGGGCAUGAUGGCGAGGAGGGUGUUCGGGGCGAAGGUGGUGGGUGUGGAUUGGGGGUGGAAGGGGGAGGGCACGGCGGGGGAGGAGCUGGCGCGCGUGGGGGCGUUUGAUGUGUUUGUUCCUGCUGCUGCUGCGGCGCGCGAGGAGGAGGAGAGAAGAUCGGCGGAGGAUGUGAAGAGGCGUGUUCGGGAGGCUUGCGCGGAGAUGCGGGGAUCGAUGGUGUCUGGUGUGGGUUUGGCGGAUGCUGUCGUCGUUGCGGCUAGUUCUACGGCUGCGUAUGAUGACCUGACGAGUUACGUUUGUGAUGGAGGUUGCAUCACAUGUGUUGGAGCUACACUUGGCAAUGGCCAGAUUUCAGUUUCGAUUAAGGAGCUAGUAGAGCGGCAGCUGAUAAUUCAGGGAAACCUCAUGGGUGGCGCCGAAGAAACUUACCAAGUCAUGGAAUACAUCAGGCAAGGGGUAGUGACGCCGCUUGUCACUGAGAUUGAGCUGGAAGAUAUACCUGAGUAUAUGCAAAAGCUCACCGAUUGCAAGACCGUUGGAAAGACUGUGGCAAAGAUUUGUGGAUAA